CUCUCUCUCUCUCUCUAUAAUCUCCUUCGAUCGAGAGCUGUUUCUUGUUGGAAAGAGAAGAUAAUCUCAAAUCGGUUGCUAUAAUUCGUCAUACAUCAAUCGCCAAUUAUUGGAUAAUUGAAUGUUCUAAUGGAAUCGAAAGCUGGGAAGAAGUCUAGCAGUAGUAGAUCCGUGUUUUACGAAGCUCCCCUAGGAUACAGCAUUGAAGACGUUAGACCAAACGGUGGAAUCAAGAAAUUCAGAUCUGCUGCAUACUCCAACUGCGCUCGCAAGCCUUCCUGAGAUUUAUCAAGUGUCGAAUUAAAACCACACAUACAGUGAUUUUAACAGAAUAGAGCCAUCAACCUUCAAACUCUGCCCUCUUUAUUUUAUUCCUUCCUCAUCUUUUUUACUCCCUCUCUGAACCAUCACUUUUAUCUCACUAAGCCGAAAUGGAAAUGCCUGCCUCAGCAAUCGGCUUCGAAGGCUAUGAGAAGAGGCUCGAGAUUUCAUUUUCCGAGCCUGGUGUAUUUGCUGACCCUUCUGGGUCCGGACUUCGAUCCCUUUCGAAGUGCCAGCUGGAUGAAAUCUUAGACCCAGCACAGUGCACCAUUGUCUCAUCUCUCAAGAACGAUGAUGUGGAUUCCUAUGUCCUAUCCGAGUCCAGCCUCUUUGUCUACCCAUACAAGAUCAUUGUGAAAACUUGUGGGACCACCAGACUUCUGCUUUCAAUCCCACCCAUACUCAAAAUGGCCGAUACACUCGGGCUGACUGUGAGUUCCGUUCGCUACACCCGCGGCAGUUUCAUAUUUCCAGGCGCCCAGCCGUUUCC